AACAGUGAAUGGAUAAACAGGCUUAGCAAAUGCACUAUAUAUUUUAUGUACUUUAUGGAUGUCAAGAACCAACUGCUUUUCAAAAGCUGUAUAAUAACAUCGAUAAGACCAUUCUAAUAUACCUUGUCAUGGCACUAUACGUCUCUGGACCCUGUGAAUGUAAACCUAUAUCAUGUGGGCGUUGUUUACGAGGGAAGGAAUACGUCCAAGACUAGUGCGUUCAAGGCGGAGGAAUCUACAGUACCGGAGGCUGACCGCGUGACGCAGCUGGUUGCUAGGUGUGGAUGACCUGAUGCUUUCACUCAAUUAGCUGAUUCUCAGUCAUCAACUCCAUCACAACAAAGCAAGACCAGCUUCACUUCUGUCCGGGACGCUCCGAAGGAGAAAUGGCUUUUUAAUUUAGCAAUAUCGUCGACCCUCAAGAAGUGACGUGCUUUGCUGUAGCAACGCACCCCAAACUCAAAAACAUUUUCAGCAAUAAUGGAGUUUCAUAAUGCUUACCCAGCCCUGUCUUCCGUGGCUCAACUCUCAAACUACACGAUUGUGCACUGUAAACUCGGCCAUUUGAAUCGUAGGACCAACCGACAGGAUGACGGCAAUGUCAGCACCCAUUUGGAAGACUCUACUUGGCUGCCCGUCAGACCCCCUCGCUCUCUCUCACCCACAGGCUAACCACAGCCAAUUGGAGAGGCGCAGAGGGGAGGGGCUAGAGGAGAGCCAGCACUUAAUUGGUGAUGGUCUCAGUGACUGGAUGACGGAAGAAGUGGAUUUCUCCUCAUACCUCCCAACCCCUCACUCCUCUCCCUCCCCCAAUGCAUCCCUUCCCCCUUCGCCCCUUCAGCAUGACAUCCAGGUGCCCUCUGAUUUGGAGGUCAUGACCUCUCUGCUGCAGGAAGAGCUUGCUCAGCUGGAGGAUUACUUCCUGUCUGACCCGCUCCCAGAGAAAGCCUCCAAACUGGGCAAAUGCGACAAAGGGCCACCACCAGUGGGUCCCCCAUCGUACUACCAGUUGCCCUAUGCAUCCUAUUCUGCUUCUAGCCAAUCAGAAUCCAGUCCUCUACUUGUUACCCUAGCAACUGGGGAACUAGACCUGCUGAGCUUUUGUGGGGGUCCCAUUGGCCGAUCCAAGAUUCCAAGACACGCCCCUUACAGUUGCAGCCGCCCCAAUGGUAACGUCUGCGGCCGCAAGAGAGUUUCUGAUGGGGUGAGGGUGAGUGAAGGCUAUGAGAAUAGCAUCUGGAGUUCCAAAGGAAAUACCUCAGGUAACCCAGCUGUUGCACUUGGUGGAAGCUACAGCUGUAUAGAGGAUGAACGGGUGGUGGGCAAAGGGUACUGCCUGGGCAGUGCGGUGGAGAUCAGAAGGUGCGCCAUUUUACCCAAAGAAGAGAAGACAUGCCGCUACACGGAAGAGGCCAUCGGCAUAAGCAAGGUUGUUAGUGGCGGCAGCUAUGGCUUUAGCGGGCCCCUUCAAGUCCCCCACAAGAAAGAAGAGAUGGUGAUGUACGGCGUCAGGGAAGUCAAUCUAAACGGAAUGGGUGGAGGUGCCGAAAUGGAGAUGAUGAGCGAGGACAAGGCUGGCAUGGGUGACGCGGUCAAGGCCAGCGUCCCCUGGAAGACAGAGACCAGUGAAGCCUGCUUUCUUCAGGGAGCGUCCCAAGAAGAGGCCUACCACAACUUCCUAGGGGCCAUUAAUGAGCCGGUGAAAGUGGAAGGCGUGGAGAUGCAUCGCCAGCACGGCGAGUUUCACUGUGGCUUUCUGGAGGGUCAAGGCCCUGACUGCUUGAGUGGUGACAGGCAUGGGCAUGACAUGGGCGCCCCUUGCACCCGAGGAGUCCGCGCGCUGAAGGAGGAGCCCUGCAAUGUGAAACCGGAGCUGGAGGGCUCGAUCAUGGAGUCCAGUCAAGGAGAGCGCAAGCAGAAGAAGAGAGAUCAGAACAAGACGGCAGCUCACAGGUAUCGCCAGAGGAAGAGAGCGGAGUUAGAUUCACUAGAAGAGCAGCUUCACGGUCUGGAAGGGAGGAACCGAGAACUUCGGGACAAGGCGGAGUCGGUGGAGAGAGAGAUCCAGUACGUCAAAGACCUUCUGAUCGAGGUUUACAAGGCCCGCAGUCAACGGCUAAAACAGGAGAGCAGUGCCUGAGCUGAAGCUCGGUCGCCUGACAACAGAUGAUGGUCCUGCAAGUAGAAUUGAUAGUACUCUAACAAGAGUGGAAUUUUUACGUUGGAAUGUUUUCUGAUCGAAUGUCUUUUUUUCCUUGUUUUUGGAUGGGGUUGGGGGGUGGGGGUGGGUUUGCGAUGUGGGGGGUGUACUAUUGCACGUUACGUUAAUCAAUCAUUUAAUUUUUGUUACAAACUGACAAGUCCAUCAACAGCUGCAGCACAAACUUCCACAUUUACAGCUCCAACUCAAAGUCAAAUAAAUAUGCACUGUGAUUCUGUCAUGGCUUAAGUGACAGCUGGCUUUUUGUGUGGGCCUCCUUUUUCCAAGAAUAGCUAAAACGGGUCCUCUUCUCCUGUUCUUUUCAGGAUUGAUGUUAAUCAGCACUGAAUACACAAGAUCAGACUGAGCACACUAUUUUUCAUUUACACAAGGCUAUAGUCUAAUACCAUGUCAGAAUAUGACCUGCACUAAUCUUAAUUUAUCAGAAUGCAGAUUAUCUUCUUUAAAUUAUUUUUAAAAUUUGUAUUAUUUUUAUUAUUAUUAUUAUUAUUUCUAAGCAGUCUCGUAGUACUUGGCAAUAGUGCAAUUCUUCCAUCAAUUCAAAAAGGAAUUAAGCACUGAUCAAAUAGCAAUCUCUUUCAAAACCAAUAUUGACCUUCAGGGGAAUCAGUCUUUCCAAAAUGAAUGUUUCCUCAGGAAGAAUGAACUUGAUGAUUUUUUUGUUUUGUUUUGUUUUGUUUUUAAAAUCCCCAAUUUAGGUUAGUCCUGCAGCUCAGGUAUGCAACCAAUGUCCAAAGUCACGGAAGUAUGUCAGUUUGUAACUUGAUGCUGAAGAUAUGGCACUGCCUAAUGUUAUGCGUGUUGAUUCCAUGUUUCAGUCUUGCAUGCCUAAGAUUUCAUGGCUUUUCAGAAGAAUGCCUUUUUGUUCUUUCUUUUGGUCCGAACGACAUGUUGAACACAACAGCAUAUCUCUCUUGCUGAAGACCUAUCUUAAAGUCCUGUUAUAUAUCCUUUUUGCCUAGACAUUUCAUAGAAGGAGUGACAUUUCAAUUUCACAAACUACUGUUUGGCUCAACGUCUCUGCUGUAAUUGCGAAAACAAUCAGGGUUUGUGAUUUUAUAAGGAUUGUUUGCUCUGAUUUCAAAUUGUGUCUGGAGAGGAGAACAGAAAAUCUUUAUAGUUAAACAGCUUUUUUAUAUUUCCACAAGAAUGCUUGAGAUGGCUUUACUAGACCUUUCAUUUAGCUUCAGCUCAAGUUCGUUCCUUCCAAGCAAUAUUUAAUCAACAUUUUCAUUGAUGUAAUUUAUUAGAAUUGCAAAUACAGUUGUGUACAAACCAGAACACACGUAGGGUUUUCAUGUUUAUGGCCUAUUUAUCAAUUACUGUAUCCAGUUAAUCAUUCAGGUGGUGUGUGUGUGUAUGUGUGUGUGUGUGUGUGUGU